AGUCCACGAGCCACGAGCUGAGCAGAAAGACAGGACACGGCAGGGCAUACGAGAGAGCGCAACGUGCAACGGCGUGCCUCGACUCGUAGUAAGCUCUAGGCGGCAGGUGGGAGAGGCGUCACGUGAUGAACGGCUUGCCACCCCGCUUGUCGCGCGACCGACCGUGGCCAGCCAUUUUGAUAAGUAACAUGGCGUCAGGGGAGAUUAAUAUGGCGUCCUCGGACAUUAUAACCGAAGUGGAGAUUCAGCCGGACAUUCAAGAAGUCGAGAUCGAGACUAUACCCGUGGAAAUACCGUGUGAAACCGUCGAGACGACUAUCGAAGGCGAAGAUGGCCAGCCAAUGAUAGCUCUCCAGCCUUUGCCGGAACCAGGCCGCGAAGAAAUCAUCUUACAGACGCAAGAGGAGAUCGUCGGUGGCGAUCCACUCAGCGUUUACGACCAAAUCCCAGUGCCGGAUAACGACAUUUAUGUUGAAUCGAGUCCCGGCCCUUCGAGGAAAGUCACCAAGAGAGCCAGAAAAGGUGCCACCUCUCGAUUCAGGACUCCCGAACACGCGAUCUUCGGAGAUAUGGGCACGGAGACCAAGGCUAGAAAGUGGGAGCAGAAGCAGGUGCAGAUCAAAACCCUGGAGGGCGAGUUCUCGGUAACCAUGUGGGCUUCCGGCACAGACGACGAUGAGGGUUCCAAUCCAGAGCCUGAUCCAGAUUAUACGGAAUACAUGACUGGCAAAUCCACGACGAAGUUCAAUCACUCGGGGAGCUCGAUUUCCGACGGUAUGCCUGGGCUUGACCUGUCGGAUCCCAAGCAGUUGGCCGAGUUUGCGCGACCUGGCCACAAGCUGAAAGUGCGGAAACCACCUAUCCUGGACGGAGUAGAACGUACGAUCGCGUGUCCACAUAAAGGAUGUACCAAAAUGUUUCGAGACAACAGCGCGAUGCGUAAGCAUCUGCACACUCACGGACCAAGAGUGCACGUGUGCGCCGAGUGUGGGAAGGCCUUUGUCGAGAGUUCCAAGCUGAAGAGGCAUCAACUCGUACAUACAGGAGAAAAGCCAUUUCAGUGCACUUUUGAGGGAUGCGGGAAACGGUUUAGCUUGGAUUUCAAUCUAAGAACUCAUGUCAGAAUUCAUACUGGCGAUAGACCGUACGUUUGUCCGUUUGAUGGAUGUAGCAAAAAGUUUGCACAGUCCACAAAUCUGAAAUCUCACAUAUUGACUCAUGCAAAAGCAAAGUCGCGUAAUGCGAUUGGCCGGCAGGUAUCGCAAAUUCAGUUACAACAACCACAGUUUGUGCAAGUUGAAGUUGCUGAUGUGGACAAUCAGCAAUUUAUCGUUUAUGCUGACUAGCCCCCAUCACUCUAGCGACUUCCCCUUAACCAGAAAUGUAUGAAGUAUCAUCACGAUCCAUUAUUAACCCGAACAGUGUACAUAUUUACAAAAGAGGAGUGAGUGAUGAGAGGACUGGAGAUACUAGAACUAAUUAUGUUAAGGGUUCAAGUUAAAUAAUCGAUUAAUACCUCUGUGCUUAGAUUCAAGGUGAAUUUUACAAGGAACUUCAUAAGCACUGUACAAGUAUAAAAAAAAAAUUAAACAAUGAAACACUACAUUCAUAGUGCAUUCAUUUGAGACAUGCAAUGUAGACUGUCGCGCACUGCUCAAUUUCAUGUCAAAAAGUAUAAAAUUUCCUAGUGCGUAUAAACAACACAUGACUGUAUAUAUUAAUAAGUAAAGUAAAAUAUUGUAUACAGUAUAUUUUGGAAAAAUUCAAAUGAGAAUAAACCAUGAAAAGCAUCUCUUUCUCCCUCCAAGACACGAAUAUGUAUAAUUUCAGUGUUUUAACGUAUUUAUUUACUACAAAGGAGUUAUAAAAAUAGGGGGGGUUAUUUUAUUAGUUGGAGAAACUGAAAAUUUCGUUUUAUUUGAAUAAAAAGCAGUUACAGAA